AAUCCUGGCCCCAGUCCUCCCGGCUCAUAUUUUCAUUUUCUUCUACUCGUCGGGAUACCUGUGGAUGUAAAAGGAUUUCAAAAUGGAGGCAGCUGUUCAAUGCAGUGAUGGCAUUCAACCCACAACACAUAUGGAUAGCUUCCAUUUUGACAGCGCUUCAUCAAUGAGAUAUCGAUUGUUAGGGAAGACAGGAUUGCAAGUCUCCGUUUUGAGCUUUGGUGCUUCCUCCUUAGGAAGCGUGUUUCGAGAAACAAGAGAAGAAGAGUCCAUCCAAGUAGUGCACCAUGCUUUGAAGUCUGGAAUAAAUUACAUUGACACAGCACCCUGGUAUGGGCAUGGCAAAUCAGAAAUGGUUUUAGGAAAGGCUUUACAAGGAAUCCCAAGAGACGCAUAUAUUUUAUCCACAAAGGUUGGUCGAUAUCUUCCUGAAGUUGACAAGAUGUUUGACUUCUCAGCCGAGAGGGUCCUCAAAAGUGUAGAUGAAAGUCUUGCCAGACUUGGUCUUGACUAUGUUGAUAUAAUCCAGGUACAUGAUAUGGAAUUUGCCCAGUCUUUAGAUAUUAUUGUCAAAGAAACUCUGCCUGCAUUAUUGAAGGUAAAGGAGCAAGGUAAAGCAAGAUUUAUUGGAAUAACAGGUUACCCAUUGGAAAAUUUUAGGAAAGUAAUAAACAGUAGCCAAGUCCCAAUAGAUACGGUCCUUACAUACUGCCAUUGUUCUAUGAAUGAUGUCAGUCUUCUAGAGUAUCUACAGUAUUUCAAGGAGCAAGGAGUAGGUGUUAUCAAUGCAUCGCCCAUAUCCAUGGGUCUACUCUCUGAUCGGGGGCCACCAGACUGGCAUCCUGCAAACGAAAACACCCGUGAAAAGUGCCGUGAGGCCGCGCUUUAUUGUAAGAGUCAAGGUGUUGACAUAUCAAAGCUAGCCAUGCAUUUUUCGCUGUCUAAAGAAGGUAUUCCGACGACCUUGGUGAGCACGGCUAGUUUGGAAAACCUGCAGAAGAACAUAGACAUAGUUAGACAAGCUGCGCUGACAGACAAGGAGAAAGAUGUUUUGAGUUAUGUCAUGAAUAAUAUAUUUUUACCAGCCGGGAAUCUGUCUUGGGAAGGCGUCGAGGUUGACAGGUAUCGUGACGCGCUACAGAAUCUACACAAUAGUAAGAACUGAUCUGCAACUAGUGGCUGUUAGUAGAUGGUAUAAAGCCGCAAUUUAGUACAUAAACCAGCAAGAGUAGAUAAUCAUUGUCAUGAGGUUACACCCAUGUAUUCCAUCCGAGCUACAUCAUGAAUGAAAUAUGACAAAAUCCGAUAAAGAACAAGCCUACAGAUGUUGUUCAGCACGUAGAUGAUAAAAAUUAACAAGCUA